UUUGAGUAGAAGAAGCUUUACCACCACGACUUUGACGUCGGGCGACUGGUGUUCUCUCUUGACCUUCCUUCUGCUACGUGACAAACAGAAAGAUGGCUGGGCGCAUGUUUGCAAAUUGGUGGGCCAAGAUGAGCCCAUACUACACCAAGGCGUAUCAAGAGAUGUGGGUGGGUGUUGGCAUCAUGACGUACCUCUACUACAAAAUCUCCUAUGGAGGCAAGAAAGCAGUGAAGGACAAGUCAGCUCAUUAGUUUUGAUAUCUUGCUGACCAAUCCCUCCUGCUGUAAAAUUGCCCCCAUUUACAUUGAACAGCUUGUUAAUAUGGAACUAAUAAAAUUGUCGGUGAACCAA